AUGCUCCAGGUCGCUCAGCUUUCGAGGCCCCGGGCCUUGCGCUUAAGCUUGUGCAGCCUUCCUGCGCAAACGUGCAGAUGGACGUCAUCUCAAGCAGGGAGGAGUCCACCUCCAUGGCGGCCAGCUUCGACUUUGGAUGAUUGGGUUGACCGCCCUAUUCGUCCCAUCAGCCUGCGCCAGCUCUUUUUCUUUGGUCGCACGUUGACCGAAAGUCGUUUGCUGAGCUCCGCCAACUAUGUCCGCAUGGAAUUGCCUACAAGGUUUGUUCGUCCUGUCAGCAACGAAUGCAACCGCUUACCUGAUCUCAGACUUGCUCACCGCCUGCGAGACAUGCAGCGUCUGCCCUAUGUUGUGGUGACCAAUCCGCACCUGUCAUUCGUCUACGAGCUCUACUACAAGUCCUUUGAGAGCUUUCGGCGUGUCCCUGUCAUCCGAACAGUGGAAGAGAACGAGGAAUUUUGCAAAGUCAUCAGCGACAACUUGAAGGAACAUCUGGCGGUGAUCCCCAACCUGGUCAUGGGAGUUCUCGAAUGCCAAGACUUGGUUUCCGUCGAUACGAUGGACAAUUUUGUACAGGCCAUGCUGCGAGCUCGAAUUUCGAGACGAGUCAUUGCCGAACAACACCUUGCGCUCACUGAAACAUUCAAUUCGCCAUGGCACGUGCCCCAGCCCAGCUCUGAGAACGAGUUUGUAGGCGAAGUCCUACUGCGGUGCAAUGCUAGGGACGUCAUUGAACGAUGCGGCCGAUUCACCCAAGAGAUUUGCAAGUCGACCGCAGGCCCUGAUCCAUUGGUACCCGAGAUUCAAAUCCAGGGUCAUACCGGCGCCACGUUCCCUUACGUACUGAGCCAUCUUGAAUAUGUUGUGGGAGAACUGUUGCGGAACUCGAUUCAAGCAGUCAUGGAAAAGUACCGUGACCCUCGAGAACCACCACCGCCUAUUAACGUCCUUAUCUGCGAGGCACCCCAGAACGUGGUUAUCCGCAUUUCUGACCAAGGCGGAGGCAUACCUCGAGAUAUCAUGCCCUUUUUGUGGUCUUUCAACAAAGGACCUAGAAGUGCUUCACGGCUACAAAACUUCAGGGACGUCCCGACCCUUGCGGCCACCAUGCAAGAAGUUCGACUAUCUCCGAGCGACAAGCCCAGUGGAAAGAUCAGGGACUCCUCCCUCAGCACUUUAGCUACAAGGCACCCUGACCUUCGUUUGGGCAUGGGUUUGCCAAUGAGCCGUGUGUACGCCGAAUAUUGGGCGGGUGGGCUCGAGCUGCAUAGUCUUGAAGGUUAUGGGGUGGACGCAUUUCUGCAAAUCUCAAAAUUAGGCAACCAGAACGAACAGCUUACAUCGCGAGCCACGAUUGAUGCGGUGUGA